AUGUCGCGCUCCUUCUCCGUCGAGGCGCUCAUCGCCCGCGACGACCGGAAGCCGCGCGCUUCCGGCUACCUGGCGCCGGCGCCGGUGGCGCUGGCGCGGCCACCGCUGCCCUUCUACUGCACCCACUCGGCGCUGGGGCCUUUCUACCCGUGCCCGAUGUGUGUGCAGCUGACUCGGCCGGCGGCGCCGCUGGCCGUGUCCGGACCGCCGCUGACCCCGUUGACCCCGGUCAUGACCUGCGCGGCCCGCUACCCCGCCCAGCAGCCCGUCAAACAGCUCAGUCCGCCCGCCGACGGAAAACGGGAGCCGGCAGAGCCGUCGGACGACCUCAGCUCCUCCAAGAGGAUCCGCACCGCCUUCACCAGCCACCAGCUGCUGCAACUGGAGCGCGAGUUCCGUGCCAACAUGUACCUGUCGCGCCUGCGCCGCAUCGAGAUCGCCUCCUACCUGAGCCUCUCUGAAAAGCAGGUCAAGAUCUGGUUCCAGAACCGCCGGGUCAAGUACAAAAAGGAGGAUGUGAGCAGCGGCGUCCGCUGCCCCUGCUCGCAGCACGCGCCGAGAUCGGCGCCCAGCUUCCGCCAGGAGACAGCGCCUCGCUCGCCGCCCGGGUCAGAAAGAGGACACCACUGCGCCUCCGAGUGGUCGGCUGGCCGGCCGCCGUCAACGGACGGUGGUAGUCCGCGAGACACCCUGACGCCGCUGGUGGGCAGUGAGCCUGAGGGCAUGUCGGCUGUGACCGCGCCAGAGGGCUGCGUCUGCCGGUAA